CGGGCCGCCCUGGCAGAGUGGCAGGCCGGUCGUAAGGGGGUGUAUUGUCGUCCCGUCUUGCUGCUGAAUGUCGGUUCCAGAGGAGGAGGAGAGGCUUUUGCCGCUCGCCCAGAGAUGGCCCCGAGCGAGCAAGUUCCUUCUGUCGGGCUGCGCGGCUACCGUGGCCGAGCUAGCAACCUUUCCCCUGGAUCUCACAAAAACUCGACUCCAAAUGCAAGGAGAAGCUGCCCUUGCUCGGUUGGGAGACAGUGCAAGAGAAUCUGCUCCCUAUAGGGGCAUGGUGCGCACAGCCCUAGGGAUUGUUCAAGAAGAAGGCUUUCUAAAGCUUUGGCAAGGAGUGACACCUGCCAUUUACAGACACAUAGUGUACUCUGGAGGUCGCAUGGUCACAUAUGAGCAUCUUCGUGAAGUUGUAUUUGGCAAAAGUGAAGAUAAGCAUUAUCCCCUUUGGAAAUCAGUAAUUGGAGGUAUGAUGGCUGGUGUUGUUGGCCAAUUUUUAGCCAACCCAACUGAUCUAGUGAAGGUUCAGAUGCAGAUGGAAGGAAAAAGGAAACUUGAAGGAAAACCUUUGCGAUUUCGUGGUGUGCAUCAUGCAUUUGCAAAAAUCUUAUCUGAAGGAGGAAUACGUGGGCUUUGGGCAGGCUGGGUACCCAAUAUACAAAGAGCAGCACUGGUGAAUAUGGGAGAUUUAACCACUUAUGAUACAGUAAAACACUAUUUGGUACUGAAUACACCACUCGAAGACAAUAUCAUGACUCAUGGUUUAUCAAGUUUAUGUUCUGGACUGGUAGCUUCUAUUCUGGGAACACCUGCUGAUGUCAUCAAAAGCCGAAUAAUGAAUCAACCACGAGAUAAACAAGGAAGGGGACUUUUGUAUAAAUCAUCAACUGACUGCUUGGUUCAGGCUGUUCAAGGAGAAGGAUUCAUGAGUCUAUAUAAAGGCUUUUUACCAUCUUGGCUGAGAAUGACCCCUUGGUCAAUGGUGUUCUGGCUUACUUAUGAAAAAAUCAGAGAGAUGAGUGGAGUCAGUCCAUUUUAAGCCCUUAAAGAUGCAGCCCUUAAAGAUACAAUGUU